GUCGCACUAACUUUAUUAUUGUACAUUUCUAUUCGAACAGGCUGGCGUCCCCGGCGUACCAUUAAGUUCUGCAGUUGGGGAGCACAAGAACCAGGUAUGAUUGGCUCUAACGAAUGGGUGGAGGAACACGAACGAGCUUUGUCAACCAAAGGCAUCACUUACAUCAACAUUGAUGUUUCAGUUGCCGGUACUUACGUGCUAAUUUUGCAAGGAUCUCCCCUGUUCGAGACCGUCAUUACAGAAACUGUUAAAAAUAUUGAAGAUCCACAUCUCAAUAAAAGCGAUGGAAAACGACAGACAGUGUACGAAAGAUUGGUAGAAGUCUCUAAUUCUAGUGAUGGUAGAAUUCCAUUUGGGAGUCUCGGGCUUGUCCGGUCUGAUUAUGCUAGUUUUUAUCAAUUUGUGGGUACUAAGAACUUUUUGUUUACAUAAUGUAUUUUGUAGAUUAUUGACAGUGUUUAUACUAAGGGGUGGACCAUUAGAUUUCCGGGAAGGGGGGGGGGAGUGGUGGCCAGUGGCGGAAAUUCACUUAGCCCGGUGAGGGGGGGGGGGCGAAGCCUUCUAAAUUUCCGACAAAACUUUCAAAUUUCCGACAAACCUAUAAAAGGGCUAUACAAAUUUGACCUAUAAAAGGGCUAAAAACAGCCUUUACGAGUGCAAAUGGGGGGCAUUUGCACUCGAAAAGGCUGUUUUUAGCCCUUUUAUAGGUCAAAACUUUCACUGGGGUGGCAGAUCCAAAAAAAAUUCAUGCAAGGAGUUGGACUAGAAAAAAAUUCCUGCAAGCACUUGGGAAAAGAAAAAAAAUUCGUGCAGUAUGGCUCAUUUUGAGAUAUUAGUUAUAACUUUACUUGUGCUACAUUUAAUAACGUCAAUAAAAUUAUAGAUUGAAAACGAGUUGAUAUAUAGAGCAUAUCAGACCCGUAACUAGUUAUGAGUCAACCGCGUCAGUUGACUCGGCAACAUUUUUUGCGAAAAAUACAAAACUGAAACAGGAAGACUUCAAGUUUAGAGAAAACAGAUCCUGAAUGAAAUUUAUUCAAUUUCUGACAGGGAUGGAUUCAGCAUGUUCUGGUAGGGGGAUGCUCUGCCAGCUCUGGUGCCGAGUUGUAUCGGUCAUGUGCGCCGCCCAGCCAUCAACUUGCUUGACUACUGCAAAGUCUUGCUUGACUACAGUAUUUAAAUAAUAUUGUAAUUGUUGUUCACAGUUCGCUUUGUUGUUAUUACUCAAAUUACUGUAUCUCAUUUUGUCACACACACCCGUACUCGAGUAAAUCUAUUCCUGAUUCCUGAGGUAGGGUACAAGUACGAAUUGGUGUCCCAAAUAUUACCAAAAACACGUUUUUAAUAUGCAUGCACCUGAUCAUGUUGGACCAAGAGUACUUGAAGGCUUAUGAUUGGAUACUUGUAUAGUACAAUGCGAGACACACAAUGAAAUUAUAGUCCGAUUGUGUCACUGCUUCUCAUUUCUGAUUUUUUGUUAAAAUUGCUCCCAGAAUGCAGGAAAUAGCGUUUCUAAGCCUUAGAAAAUCAAACAUUUUCUGGGGGAGCAUGCCCCGACGACUCGACUCGGUAAAUCUAAAAUCCUAGUUACGAGCCUGCAUUUGUGUACACUAUCAUUAAUAUUAAACAAACUAAUACAGUAAUAGGGGGUGCGCCAGAAGUUUUUUUUUCAAAUAUGAGAUUGAAUGAAAAAAUAAUACAUUCACUAUUCUGGAAUUUACUAAUUUCCACACAAGAAAUUGCGAAAGAAUGUUCAAGUGUUUCUUCUAUUUAUGCUUUGCACCUUCUAUGAAACUGACACCUUCUAUAAUAUGUAUUUUUGGUAAUAUAUUAAAUUUUCAUAUGAUUGCUCAAUACGGAAAAUUCGUGCCAAUAUAGUUGCUUGGCUACAUUGCCGCCAUUUUUCUCUAUCGGUAGACAGGGAAAAAGGUAGGUAUAAAGCCUUUCAAAAAACAUUCCUGCACAGCUUCUACUCCGAAAAAAAAAUUCCGACAAAGCUUCGAACUCAAAAUAAAAAUUCUUGCAGGGAAAACUUCCCCCUCCCCCCCUCCCAGGAUAUCUAAUGGUCCACCCCUAAGGAUAGUUAGUAUAUACCCGAUAUAGGAUAUAGAUAGUUACCCGAUUCCUAUACCCACAAAUGAGAAGGCACAGGCGCACAGCUUUGCAUGCCUGCCUAAGUCAGCUAUAGAUUUCGCUUAUUUUCCAACACUAUUAAUUUAACAAGGGUCUGCUGUAAUAAAUGUUGAAUUAAAUCUAUUAAUCUAAUAAGGUGCAUUUAAGAGGGCAAUAUUUUUCAAUGUUGCGUAUUUGCAAUGAGAAUGAUCAAAAGCUAAAAUCUCUUUGGCCUUCCUCUCAAAAUUACUUUGUUUAAUUAGCUUUAUUUUGCAGUUUACACAGUUAGCAACAUUUUAAAUGUAUCUGGAGAUUAAGAAACACAAAUAUUAGUUAAAUAUUGUCAAUUUAUCAAUAAAUUAUCAUUGAUGCUGUAAAACUGACGCCAUAUUUAUAUACAGCAAAAUAAGCAAAACUUACUGGACAUUAUCUUUGGCUUAUACUACCUAAAAUCCAUUCAUUUUAGCACAUUUUAGAGAUAAAGAACUAAAUAUACUUUUUAAAUUUGUUUGCCGCUUGAGAAACGUAUCAAAUAUUAAAAAAUGAAAUAGUCAUAAACAAGUGGAAAAUAAUAUUUACUACAUAUAUUUGUUAUGUAUAUUCCCCUCUAAUAGAACGGUACAUGUAUUACAAAAUUCUGGCUUUAACUGGAUCUUGUUCAAUACGCCGGUGCAUUUAUUAGAGAGCGAGCAUUUGUUGGACCAUUAAUAUGAGUAAAAAUUUCAACCCACGGUAGAAAUGCAAUGCAUGGAUCGUUUUAAUUUAUUCUGGUCAGCAAGAUGAUCAAAAUUUAUAUUCUUUUUAUAGGCGUGCCAUCGUUAGAUAUGUACUACCUCGGUGAGGGCAUCUAUCCAGUUUACCAUAGUGUUCACGACACGUACAAAUGGCUUCAAGGUUUGGUAGACACAGACUUCUCAUAUCAUCUUACGACCACGCAAGUAGCAGCAAGAGCACUGAUGUCGACCGUUGACAGCAUCGUACUGCCACUUGAUGUCCGCCAAUACGCUAAAUCCUUGCGAAAAUCUUUCAAGAAUUUGAAUGAUACAUAUGGCAUGGAACUACGCCAGAAUAACAUCACCUUACAUUACAUCGAUACGGCAAUUAUCAGGUGAGACCAUUGUAUAUUUUUCCUUGACGAUUUUUCCUUGUUAUUGCUGCAUAUCUUCUGCCUCGUACCCAGGCGCUAUGUAUUGUUCUAUUGUUCGCGAAAACGCAAGCCAGACAAAACGCUAAGGGCCACCAAGACGUUAAUUUUCCACACUUGAGAAAAAUCGUCCGACCAGUCAAAAUACACCAAGAGCCCGAGAGGAUAAUUUUCACACGUGAAAAAUAUCAUCCGCCUUGAGGAUACGAUUUUUAUUUCGCAUACUAUAUUACUAUAUACAGGGAAAUAUCUACAGUUAUGUACUAUUUAAAAAAACGAGCAGGAGUGUUUCAUUAGGUUUAAAGCCAAGAGCGCGCAGCGCGAGUGGCUUUAGACCUAAUAAAACACGACCUGCGAGUUUUUUAAAUGGUUUCAAAAACGUUUGCAUAAUAAGUCAAAUCUUUAUAUAAAAAUCUUUAUAUAAAAAUCUUUAUAUAAAAAUUUUUAUAUAAAAAUCUUUAUAUAGUUUGCAUAACAAUGAUCUUUUGUUAAAGUGUUCUUUAGCUGGUAUAAAGACGUAUGCACGUGACUAAUUUCUUACUCAAGAUUGGAUAAUUGCUUCAUGAAUUAUUAAUGAGUUUUUGAAAUAAUUUUCAUUGCUAAUUAAUGCGUUUGCCUAAUUUGCUCCCCAUGCUUAUGUCAGUAAUAUAUACAUACCUGAUUUUAUAUACUUGAUUUAUAAUAUAUAUAUACCUGAACUUAAAUAUAUACCUGAACUUAUAUUAUAUAUACCUGAACUUAAAUACUUAAACUAAAGCAAAUUGUCUGAAAUUGUGUACAUUAAUUAAAGACCCAACAAAGUUUCCAUCCAUUAACUCAAUUCAAAAUACGAUUAAAGCUUUUAAAUUUGGUGCGCAAUCCAUUCUUAGUUUGUCGGAACCCCCCCGAUUUUACAAAAUUUGAGUUUUGAGUGUUUUUCAUUAUUCUACAUUAUAAGUACCUUAAAGAAACUAUAUAGAGAGAGAGAGUAUAUAUAUAUAUAUAUAUAUAUAUAUAUAUAUAUAUAUAUAUAUAUAUAUAACUAGAUAAUAAUGGCUGUUUUGCGAAUUUGAGAGCAAUCUCAAAUCUGUUCAGUUUUUUUGAUACACCCUUUCUAUGUUAACCAAAUAAUUAUAUUUCCCAAACAUUGUUUUAACGUAAACUUAAACUAGGCCAGCUGACUGAACGCUGGCUCGCUUUAAGUGGUAGUUAUCAUUUUCUUUUUUGCAUUUUUGUGCAGAAUCUUUUUAACAAUAUCAAACAAAUCAAUUUGUUUUCUUCAUGCAUUUGCAGGUUCAAUAACGCAUCUGUGAAAUUCCAUGAAGAGGUAAGAAAAGCCAUCAAAAGUAAGAACGAGAUUGAACACCGUGAUCUAAAUGACAGGAUGGUGAACGUAGAAAAAUCCUUCAUUUAUAGUCUUGGUCUUCCAAAUCAAAAGUUCAACCGUCACGUUAUUUUUGCGCCAGCUUUCAACAACAAUUAUGCCAGUACCCAUUUCCCUGGGAUCUUUGAUCUCAUGUUUCCGAGCAAUAAGACUGAGGAAGACUGGGGGGAAAUACGAAGACACAUUUCCAUUGUAUUCAAAUCAAUUAUGUCCGCAGCCGAGACGCUAAAUGAAGACGCAAAGUAA